CAGACGCUUGACAGCCCUGCUAUGGAAUAUUUUUGGACCUCUCUGGUGUCAACUGACUUGAUUUCUUUGUCUCUUCAGUUUUGUCUUUCUCUAAACCAUGCUGGAAAAACCCAAGUAAGUUCUGGAACUGAGUGCGGACAGUGAAGGGAGAUCCUCAUUUAGCAUGCACUGAAUUUGCAUAUUGUUGUAUUUUAGCAUUAUCUGCUUGUCAUAAAUACAUUAGGGUGUCAUAUCAUGGACAUAUGUUAAGCUUUCCGUCAGGACUCAGUUUUGCUUCUGUGGUCUUCUAAUCAGCAUUAUGUGCUGCAAGCUCCUGAAAAGAUGAAUUUAAGCAGUCCUUGUUGGUGAAAAACAAACACAAAGCAGAAAAACAAGGGCUACCAAGGACGGUGCUCAGGUACUGCUCCUAUAGCAUACUAAAAUUAGCUUAAUUUGAACAUUUGCACCUGCUUCCUGGCUCUUCCAGUCCUCUCGGCUGUGGCUGCACUCCAUCUCUCAGGAUGAGCCAGAAGUCUGACUCGGAGACUGAGGGCUCCCAGGCACCAGUGAUUUAUACAGUGGAGGAACUGGAGUGCAAGAUCUGCUACAAUCGCUUUGACACCCGAGCCCGCAAGCCCAAGGUGUUGAGCUGCUUGCACCGCGUCUGUGCCAAAUGCCUCAAGAAGAUGGUAGAGCUGGACUCGUCUCCGAGCAUCAUCAGCUGCCCCUUCUGUCGCCAUGAGACUCACGUCCCCGAUGAGGAGAUCUGGUUGCUUCAAGAUGACAGCAACAUACUGGCCAUUCUGACUUACCAGGACCGGGCACGUAAGAGCCGCACCACACCCAGCGGCGAGGUCCUUUUGACGCCCAACAGCCUGAGCGGAGGCGAGCAGGCCCACAGCUCCUCCGAUUGCCUCGUCAUCACAAUCAUGGAAGUCCCUGGAGAGUCGCAGUCCUCUGACUCUAUGAGCAUGUUGAACAUGGUGCGCUUGUAUCGGCCGGCCAGCCUGGACUCCUUGCCUUGCCACCUGCCCGUGCAGAAGUGCCGGGCGUGGACGUCUCAUUCGGUUCCUCGCUUUUUGAUGGGUUUCCUCUGCCUGGUCUACUUCAGCUCGCUGCCACUGGGGAUCUACUUACUGAUGAUCCAGCAGCUCACGAUGGGAGUGAUCUUGGUCAGCCUGGUGCCCUCCACCCUGGUCCUUUGCAUGUUCUACGGCUUCUGCCAAUGUCUGUGCCAUGAGAUCAUGGAGGCCAUUGCCACAUAACACACCACGGUUGGUCUUUGGGCUGAUCUUUGGACUAGCAAGACCUGUGAAAGAACAAAAGCCAAAUGACUGAUGCAUAUCUGCUAAUCCCAGACACCCAAUUUUUUCCAUCGCACCAGAUUAUACCAGCAUCUACUCCUUGUAACUCACCUCACAUUGUAUGCAGGGCCAACUAUACUUGACUUUAGCAGUUAAAGCUUGAUUACCAAUGCAAGCUGGAGGUAUUGAUUUUGGACUGCAUCAGAUCGCUGUGGUUUUGUAUCGUGUCUAGCUCACCCAAUGGGUCUUCAACAACUGUGAUAUAAAUAACAUGCAACAUGCAGAGAAUGAAGUCU